UGGAAGUGCUUUCUCCUCUGCUCACGGGGACCCGCUCAGGCUGGAGGCCAGCCAGCUCUUGCCGCCACCUCGGUCGCGAUGGGGGCGCAGGACCGGCCGCAGUGCCACUUCGACAUCGAGAUCAACCGGGAGCCGGUUGGUCGCAUUAUGUUUCAGCUCUUCUCAGACAUAUGUCCAAAAACAUGCAAAAACUUCCUUUGCUUGUGCUCAGGAGAGAAAGGCCUUGGGAAAACAACUGGGAAGAAGUUAUGUUAUAAAGGUUCUACGUUCCAUCGUGUGGUUAAAAACUUUAUGAUUCAGGGUGGGGACUUCAGUGAAGGUAAUGGAAAAGGUGGAGAAUCAAUUUAUGGUGGAUAUUUUAAAGAUGAAAACUUUAUUCUCAAACAUGACAGAGCGUUCCUUUUAUCAAUGGCAAAUCGAGGGAAACAUACCAAUGGUUCCCAGUUUUUCAUUACCACAAAGCCUGCUCCACACCUGGAUGGGGUGCAUGUCGUCUUUGGACUGGUUAUUUCUGGUUUUGAAGUAAUCGAACAAAUUGAAAAUCUGAAGACCGAUGCUGCAAGCAGACCAUAUGCAGAUGUGCGAGUUAUUGACUGUGGAGUACUUGCCACAAAAUCAAUAAAAGAUGUUUUUGAGAAAAAAAGGAAGAAACCAACUCAUUCAGAAGGCUCGGAUUCCUCUUCCAAUUCCUCUUCUUCUUCAGAAUCAUCUUCAGAAAGUGAAAUUGAACAUGAGAGAAGCAGAAGGAGGAAACAUAAGAGGAGGCCAAAAGUUAAACAUUCUAAAAAGAGGCGAAAGGAAGCAAGCAGUUCAGAAGAGCCAAGGAAUAAACAUGUAAUGAACCCAAAAGGUCACUCUGAGAGGAGUGAUACCAAUGAAAAAAGGUCAGUUGAUUCCAGUGCUAAAAGGGAAAAACCUGUGGUCCGCCCAGAAGAGAUUCCUCCAGUGCCUGAGAACCGAUUUUUACUGAGAAGAGAUAUGCCUGUUGUUACUGCAGAACCUGAACCGAAGAUUCCUGAUGUUGCACCCAUUGUAAGUGAUCAGAAACCAUCUGUAUCAAAGUCUGGACGGAAGAUUAAAGGAAGGGGCACAAUUCGCUAUCACACACCUCCAAGAUCAAGAUCCUGUUCUGAGUCAGAUGAUGAUGACAGCAGUGAAACUCCUCCUCACUGGAAAGAGGAAAUGCAGAGAUUAAGAGCAUAUAGACCACCUAGUGGAGAAAAAUGGAGUAAAGGAGAUAAGUUAAGUGACCCCUGUUCAAGCCGAUGGGAUGAAAGAAGCUUGUCUCAGAGAUCCAGAUCAUGGUCCUAUAAUGGAUAUUAUUCAGACCUUAGUACAGCAAGACACUCUGAUGGCCACCAUAAAAAACGCAGAAAAGAAAAAAAGGUUAAGCAUAAAAAGAAAGGGAAAAAGCAGAAACACUGCAGAAGACACAAACAAACAAAGAAGAGAAGGAUUCUUAUACCGUCUGACAUAGAAUCCUCAAAAUCUUCCACUCGAAGAAUGAAAUCCUCUUGUGAUAGAGAAAGGAGUUCUCGUUCUUCCUCAUUGUCGUCUCAUCACUCAUCAAAGAGAGACUGGUCUAAAUCUGAUAAGGAUGUCCAGAGCUCUUUAACCCAUUCCAGCAGAGACUCAUACAGAUCAAAAUCUCACUCACGGUCUUAUUCUAGAGGAAGCUCAAGAUCAAGGACUGCGUCAAAGUCCUCAUCACAUUCUCGAAGUAGAUCAAAGUCCAGAUCUAGUUCCAAGUCUGGGCACCGAAAGAGAGCAUCAAAAUCACCAAGAAAAACAGCUUCUCAGUUAAGUGAAAAUAAACCAGUUAAAACAGAACCUUUAAGAGCAACCAUGGCACAAAAUGAAAAUGUAGUAGUACAACCAGUUGUAGCAGAAAAUAUUCCUGUAAUACCACUGAGUGACAGUCCCCCCCCUUCAAGAUGGAAGCCUGGACAGAAACCUUGGAAGCCCUCUUAUGAGCGAAUUCAGGAAAUGAAAGCUAAAACAACCCAUUUGCUACCCAUCCAAAGCACUUACAGUUUAGCAAAUAUUAAAGAGACUGGUAGCUCAUCAUCCUACCAUAAAAGAGAAAAAAAUUCAGAAAGUGAUCAGAGCACUUAUUCAAAAUACAGUGAUAGAAGUUCAGAAAGCUCACCAAGGUCAAGGAGCAGAUCUUCUAGGAGUAGAUCUUAUUCCAGAUCAUAUACAAGAUCACGUAGUCUAGCUAGUUCACAUUCAAGGUCUAGGUCUCCAUCAUCUAGAUCUCAUUCACGAAAUAAAUACAGUGAUCAUUCACAGUGUAGUAGAUCAUCUUCAUAUACUUCUAUUAGCAGUGAUGAUGGAAGGCGAGCUAAGAGGAGACUUAGAUCCAGUGGGAAAAAAAAUAGUGUUUCACAUAAAAAGCAUAGCAGCAGCUCUGAAAAGACACUUCACAGUAAAUAUGUCAAAGGUAGAGACAGGUCUUCAUGUGUGAGAAAGUAUAGCGAGAGCAGAUCAUCUUUAGAUUAUUCUUCAGACAGUGAGCAGUCAAGUGUUCAGGCCACACAGUCAGCCCAGGAAAAAGAGAAGCAGGGCCAAAUGGAAAGAACACAUAAUAAACAAGAAAAAAACAGAGGUGAAGAAAAAUCCAAGUCUGAACGGGAAUGCCCUCAUUCAAAAAAAAGAACUUCGAAAGAGAAUCUUUCUGAUCACCUUAGAAAUGGCAGUAAGCCCAAAAGGAAGAAUUAUGCUGGUAGUAAAUGGGACUCUGAGUCAAAUUCAGAACGAGAUGUAACUAAAAACAGUAAAAAUGACUCCCAUCCAUCCUCUGACAAGGAGGAAGGUGAGGCCACAUCCGAUUCUGAAUCAGAGGUUAGUGAAAUUCACAUCAAAGUCAAACCCACAACCAGGUCGUCCACAAAUACUUCACUGCCUGAUGAUAAUGGUGCUUGGAAAUCAAGCAAACAGCGCACAUCAACUUCUGACUCUGAGGGGUCCUGUUCCAAUUGGGAAAACAAUAGGGGAAAGCCACAAAAGCACAAACAUGGGUCAAAGGAAAGUCUUAAAAGAGAACACACCAAAAAAGUGAAAGAGAAAUUGAAAGGGAAAAAAGACAAAAAGCAUAAGGCUCCAAAACGAAAGCAAGCAUUUCACUGGCAGCCUCCACUAGAAUUUGGUGAAGAGGAGGAGGAGGAGAUUGAUGACAAGCAAGUUACUCCGGAAUCAAAAGAGAAAAAAGUUUCUGAAAACAAUGAAACCAUAAAAGAUAAUAUUCUAAAAACUGAGAAAUCCAGUGAAGAGGACAACCUUUCAGGUAAACAUAAUACAGUGACUGUUUCAUCAGAUCUUGAUCAGUUUACUAAAGAUGAUAGUAAACUCAGUAUUUCUCCCACAGCUUUAAAUACUGAGGAAAAUGUGGCCUGUUUACAAAACAUUCAGCACGUUGAAGAAAGUGUUCCCAAUGGAGUGGAAGAUGUGCUUCAAACAGAUGACAACAUGGAGAUCUGUACUCCUGAUAGGAGUUCCCCAGCAAAAGUAGAGGAGACUUCCCCUCUAGGAAAUGCACGGCUUGAUACCCCAGAUAUAAACAUUGUUUUGAAGCAGGAUAUGGCAGCGGAACAUCCUCAAGCAGAGGUAGUAAAACAGGAAAGCAGCAUGUCCGAAAGUAAAGUGUUGGGUGAAGUGGGGAAACAGGACAGCAGCUCUGCUAGCUUGGCUAGUGCUGGAGAAAGUACUGGGAAGAAGGAGGUGGCUGAGAAGAGCCAGAUCAACCUCAUUGAUAAGAAAUGGAAGCCCCUGCAAGGUGUGGGGAACCUGGCAGCACCUAAUGCCACAUCCAGUGCUGUGGAAGUUAAGGUGUUGACCACUGUGCCUGAAAUGAAACCACAAGGCUUGAGAAUAGAAAUUAAAAGCAAAAAUAAAGUUCGGCCUGGGUCUCUCUUUGAUGAAGUAAGAAAGACAGCACGCUUAAACCGUAGACCAAGAAAUCAGGAGAGUUCAAGUGAUGAGCAGACGCCUAGUCGGGAUGAUGAUAGCCAGUCCAGGAGUCCAAGUAGAUCUCGAAGUAAAUCUGAAACCAAAUCAAGACACAGAACAAGGUCUGUCUCCUAUAGUCACUCAAGAAGUCGAUCGAGAAGUUCCACAUCAUCUUAUCGAUCAAGAAGCUACUCUAGAAGUCGGAGCAGAGGAUGGUACAGCAGAGGCCGAACCAGAAGCCGGAGCAGUUCCUACCGGAGUUACAAAAGUCACAGGACGUCCAGCAGGAGCAGAUCCAGGAGCAGCUCAUAUGAUCCCCACAGUCGAUCCAGCAGGUCCUACACCUACGAUAGCUACUAUAGCAGGAGUCGGAGUCGAAGUAGAAGCCAGAGAAGUGACAGUUACCACCGAGGCAGAAGUUAUAAUCGGCGGUCCAGGAGUUGUAGAUCUUAUGGCUCUGACAGUGAAAGUGACCGAAGUUACUCUCAUCACCGGAGCCCCAGUGAGAGCAGCAGAUAUAGUUGAAAACGUCCGGAUACAAAUUAUAUCUUAUUUGUAAAUAUCUGGCAACUUAGCUUAAGAAAUGUAAUGACAGUCUGUUGUUCUAUUUCAAUAUCAGAGGUGAAUUUCAAAUAUAGACACUUCUUAAUUGUUACUGGUUCAUUUACAUGUGGGGAGAAGAAUUUAAAAUACAGAUAUGUCUCCUAAAAAUAUUUUUAUGCCACAUUUUACAGUAGCCAACUAUGGAAAUGAAUUUCAUUUUCUUGAAUCAAGAAAUCGUGAAAUUUAUCUAUGUAUAAUUUGCAAUAUUAUUUUAAGUCUAUUUCACUCUAUCUUACGUAUCCCUUAGAAUACAGAUUCUUUUUGCCUGUUUUUCCAGUUUUAGCAUAUAUGCUGCCAAGCAUAGAACUGUGAAGGAGAACUGUUAAAGGCGGCCAAAUAUUUAUAUACUGAUUACAUAGAGUCUUGUACAUAUGUGCUCUAAAAACAAACCACCCAGAAUUGAUACUGUUGGUAACCAGGAGUAUAAGGCAGUGGCUCUGGGGUUCUUAAUUCAUUCCUAACUUCUUUGAUACUUCACAGGAUUAGGAAAGUGGUCAUCAUACAUCCCACACAGUCUGUAUUACCUCAGGCUUGUGGGCAAGGUUAGGAAGAAUCAAUCAGCCUUAACUAUAAAUACCUGCACUGUCUCUGAGGACUUACUAUUUUAUGUUCUUUUUAAUCAAUACCAAUCAGAAGUUUAGGUUAUAAAAACAAUUCUACUUCAUGCUUUGGUGCUUGGUAAUUUUUGGUGCGUCUUUAAGCAUUACUCUUAUAUAUCAUAUAUUAAAAUACCAUAAAAGAGAAAAAUGAAAUUCAAAAAAAAUCACUGGCACCAAAAAUGGUUUAUUCUGAGCUGUCUUCACUUUGACUAUUUGGGGGGCUUCUCUCAAGUACAGAUGUGGGUUGGGGUCCCCUGGAGCAGGCAGGAUUGGCAGUAAGAGAUAUUGGCCACUCAAGUCUGCUGUGUGUGUGUGCCUCUGGAAGAGUGAAGAAUGGACUUCAAAAGUAACAUCAAAAAUCUAACUGCCACCAUCCUGGAGACAUUUUGCAGGGCUUUCCUUUCAAGUCUUUCAAGUACAGGAUAUUACCACAACAGCAGCUGAACUGUUGUAACCAGCAUGUUUUUCCUAUUUCCACUGUGACCUGCAGCUGACUCAAAGCCUUGCGUGACCUGACCCAGGUGCAAGAGACAGGGGAAGAGGGAUAGAGGGUAUAGCAUAAAUUAUAUAUUUUCAUGGCUUUGGGUGGUUCCUCCAAAAAUAAUUGGACCUGUAAAAACUAGUGUGUGUGUAUGUGUGUGUGUGUGUGGUUUUUUUUUUUUAAUCUUUACUUUGAAUUUGUUCCCCAAGUGUACUUAAUCACCUUAGUGCCAGUUUAAUCCAGUUAUGCAGAAGAAAUUCAUAUUGAUUGCCUGAUGCUGAGCUCAGCACCACCCUACCACAGGCCUUGUCUGGUGUAUUUGGGAAGUGGAAAAGAGCCCUCAGUUGGAGGGAGCUGACAACCCUUGGUGGAGGGAGGGUGCCCUUGAAUGUAUUAAAACUAUCACCCAAAGAAGGUAUGAAAACAGGGUAAGGUGGUCAGUUGUUUGCCAGCUCAAUAGACAGAAAGUACAUUAGAAAACAGGACUUAGGCCAAACAAACAAUACUGGAUACUGAAUACAAAACAGUAUGAUUUAUAUUAAAGGUUUCCAAAAGUUGCCUGCAAAGGAGAAUAUUACUACUAGUCAGCAGGAAAAAAAUGCAUUCAGAACCCAAGCAGAAACUGCCAAAUGUAAUUAGGUUAAGAAAAGUUACCCUUGGGCAGUGUAUUAGUUUUCUAUUGCUGUGUGACAAAUUACCCCAAAUUUAGCAGUUUAAAAAACAACACCCAUAGCAGUUCUGUAGCUCAUGAGUCUGGCACAGUGUGGCUGGAUUCUCUGCUCAGGGUCUUACAAGGCUGAAAUAAGGGUUGGCAGGACAACAUUCCUUCAUGGAGGCUCUGGGGAAGAAUCUGCUUCUAAGUUCAUUCAGGUUGUUGGCGGAAUUCAGUUCUUUGCUGGCUCUCAGCUGGAGGCCCCUCUCUCACCUCAAGGCUGCCUGCAUUCCUUCUUAUGUGGUCCCCUCCAGCUUCAAACCAGCCUUCCUGCUCUUUCUCAUGCUUCAUAUCUCUCUCCCGUCCUCCUGUUUUAGGGGCAUAUGAUUAGCUCAAGCCCACAGAUAUAUUUUAAGGUUGAUUGUGCGAUAGAACAUAAUUGCAGGAGUACUGUCUCAUCUCAUCAUAUUCACGGGUUCUGGAGAUUAGCUCAUUGAAAGGGGGAGGGGCAUUUUCAAAUUCUGCCUACCACAGGCAAUAACUGCCCAUCUCAGCUGUAGGUGGAAUUUUUAUCCAGAAAAGAUAGGCCCUAGAAGCCUCAUUUCUUUUCUCCAUGGAAAAGGACAGCCCUCUGCUGCAGCGUUCAACUUGUGUGUUUACUGACAGAGUGAACUACAGAAAUAGCUUUUCUUCCUAAAGGGGAUUGUUCUACAUUUUGAAGUUAUUUUUUAAUAAAAUUGAAUUAUGUUGUGUAUUGUGCUUCUUAAUAGGAAAUGCAUUAUUGGACUGUUUUUAUAACAUCCUGUUUAUUGCAAAUAGCUAGUAUCGUUCAAAAACUGUAUAAAAUACUUUUGUACAUAUUAGCAAUGUCUAAUUUGUAUACACUUCAGUUAAAUUUCCCUAAAACUUGAAAGGGGACCUUGUAGAAAUUAAAAUAUAUACUUAGUCUAA